UGAAGGUGUUUGCCAUGAAGCGUGGUGUUGUGGGCAUCAGAGGCAUCAAGACUGGCUUGUAUAUCUGUAUGAGCCAAGAGGGCAUCGCACACGGAGCAGUACAGUUCUCAUCUGACUGUCUGUUCAAGGAGAGCCUGGAGGAGAACCACUACACCACCUUUUCCUCCCUGUCUCAUCCAGGCAUCUACUUGGCCCUGUCCCAUAAAGGAGAGGCCAAGAGGGGGACCAGUGUUGGGAGACUCCAGCCCUGCACACACUUCCUCCCUCGCAGAGCUCCAUAAGUAACCCCUGUGCAACCCUUUUACAACCUUUCUACAACCAAUGACCCAAACCCAGGGGUCACAACUGUAACUGUGAGGAGAAUCCUGUAAAUCCCUACAGCGUUGAAAUAACCCAAACCGUUGGGCAUUUCACCCUUUUACCCAGCGUGACUGAUAUACUUGAAAUGACAUUGGAAACAGUGUAGCAACUGAAGAAAAGCAAAUUGACAUAUAAUGGUAGACUAACUCUAAGGGUCAACGCACACACGGUCCUUGUGAUGCUGUUAGCAUAAUUGGAUGUAACUGGACUGGACUGGAUUUCGAACAUCUGUUUGAAAUAUGAGGAUAUUUAUGGACAAAAAUAUUAGUUUUUUAAAUCUACAGUUUCAGUCAGAUUGAGUUGUGGUCAUUACAUUUGCCUUUUUUCAACUUUUCACAUUAUUCAUUAUAUUUAUCAGGGUUGGCCCUAGCCUUUUGGGGGCCCUAAGCGGGAUUUGUUUGGGGGGCCCCCCACCUCACGGGCAAAACAUUUUAGUGGCCCCCCUCAUGAUGGUUGAAAGAAAAGUGAUGGUGGUUGAAAAGUUAAUUUCCUGCAAUUCUACACAGUUUGCCAUCAGAAGUAGAGAACAUGUUACCAAAUGUUGCCAUUUUAUUUUUUAAAUGAUGUAAUUCUAUACAUUUUGAGAGAACAAAAUAGAAGUUUUACAGCACAUUUCCUGAAUAUCUACCCAUUUUUCCGUGACUUAUACCAUGUUGAUAAUAUCUGAGUGAGUGUGACUAACAAAAUCAAUGUGGGCCCCCUGGAGGUCAGAGCCCCUGGACACAUUCACUGCCUGCCUGGUCAGUAUUCAUCCAUGAUUACUAAGUUAGAUUGCUGGCUAGACAAACUUACCAAUCAAAAUGUUUUUGGUGACUGUCAGUGACAGACAUAACAAGAGAAAAACUGCUGAUGUACAACCCAAUUUUGGGGGUUUUGGCAAAGGCAGCCCUAUGCGACCACUUAUGUUGCAUAUGCCUGCAGCCAGCCCUGAUAUUUAUUACAAUCUAUUAUUGUAUGAAUAUACACUUCCCUCU